AUGGCUACCUUUACCCUUGCAGCCGAGCUGCGCGUGCUGCGCGUGCCACACGCGCUGCCACACGCGCAGCACCUUCCUGGGCCGUCGCAGCGGCUGGUUGGAGGUGUCACCACAGUUCCCGAUUCAUCCAGGGGAUUUGGCCGAACAGCUGGAGCAGUAUUCGCCUUAGCUGUGGGCCAGAGCCUUCGCGCUUCGCGCAGAAAGUGCAGGACGCCACGUGCUGUGCUGGCGGAUGGCAGCAACGAAGAGGGCGAGGCAGUAGCGCCCAUCACCUUUGGAUUGGAUGAAGUUGAAGACAUCGUCCUGUACCAGCAGGAGUUCUCCCCACCUUGUGUGAAGUUGAGGACGAUGUUCAAGUAUUACAACUUGCCCUUCAGAGUCGUCAAUGGUCGACAUCCCACCUCAGAUUACAAAAAGAUCCCAGUGCUGGAGAUCAACAACCGUCAAAUCAACGACUCCCAUGUCAUCGUGAAGACGGUGGUGCCUUGGUUCACUGGAAGGCCCAUGACGGAAAAGGAGAUGAUGUGGGAGAAGCGUAUCACCUAUGAAUUCCAACCGGCCUUCGAAGUGGAACUCCUGGGGAACGAGCGCGACGUGGCGAUGAUUUGGACGCGCGCCACUAACUUCAUCGGGGGCUGGCAGCGAGGGAUCAUCGGCAUCCUUUCGCCCAUCCUGAAGCUGGUGGUGGAGGCCCUCUUCAAAUCGCGCUACCCCGAGAUGGAGUUGCCGAGUUCCAACUUCGGUUUGGAGUUCCGCCGCGCCCUCGGGGACCAAGCGUUCUUCCAUGGAGAACAGCCUGGCCCGGUGGAUUUGAGUCUCUACGGAACUUAUGCCGCUUUCAACGGAUGUAGUGCUACGGUACGCUUUCUACAAGCGAGCAAACUGGAGGAGUGGCACGAGCGAAUGGAGGCCCUGAACGUUGCGGACGUGGAGCAGCCAAAGGUCUAUGCAAUGCGGUGA